AUGUUCUGUUUAAACUUCAUCGGAUCCCACCACUCUAUAUUAGGAUCCACCAAGUAUUUAGAUAGUUACAUAAUAUUACAAUUCCACCAAAGCUAUCGAAUAUGCUUUGAUAGAAUUUUGUAUGAAAUUGUUGGAGUGCGACUCAUAUCCCAAGAAUUAUCUUUCAAUUCAUCAGAAAAGUUUGUAGAUGGUAAAACAAAACAUGCCAAUACCAGGAGAUUUCUAGAUAACCUAAUAAUACAUGCCAUACUUCAUGACCAUCCUAGCAAUCUUGAUAAACUGUUCGGAGUGUUGUCUUGGUAG